AGGAAAAUUGUUUUUUUUUGGACUGGCGCAAAAACGUCUUUGCGUUUGUUCGGUAGCCGAAACGGUAUCGCACUUUAGAAUGACCAGAAACUAAGUCCGAAUCAGGAGCCAGGCGAUACAGCAGGAUGUCUAUAGAGGCUGAGGCGUUGCUGCAGGAGGCUAAGGAGAGUAUAGAAGCAGCUCAGAAUUACAGGAGCGAACUACAACAACGCCUACAUGGACUCAGCCAGGCACGCAAACAGGUACGAGGCAGCUCGUCUCAGGCCAGGGAGGGGUUGAAGCGUCAUUUCUCAGAGCUCCAGACGGCUGUGACCCGCCUCCUGACGGAGCGUCUGAGCGUGCUCCUUAGCGAGGUGGAUGUCAUCGAGCAGGACAGCGUACGACCGCUGGACGACUGCCAGAAACUCAUAGAACACGGAGUGAACACUGCAGACGAGCUGCUCCGAGAGGGUGAGGUAGCUAUCCGUUGUGGUCUGGGGGAGAAGGAGGACAAGCUGGGGAGUUUCACCAAGAAGGCCCUUCAGAUCCAGCUGGACAGCCUCCCGGAGGUACCAGUGUUAGUAGACGUGCCGUGUGUGUCUGCCCAGCUGGAUGACUCUCUGCUGUACGCGGUGAGAGACAGAGUGUCACGACACGGAUCAGUCUCUUCACACCCUCCGGUCCAGAUAGAGGAACUCCAGGAGAGACCUGGCAGUGUGUUAGUACGCUGGUGUAAGGUGGAUGAUGAGUUUGCGGUGCAGGACUACCGUCUGCAGUAUCGUCGCUCAGUGUCUGGUCAGUACGAGGAUACCUACAUAGGGCCGGAGCAGGAGUUCCUGGUCCUACACCUGGACCCCCACACUGAUCAUCUGUUCAGGGUGUGUGCCCGGGGGGAGGGACGGACCGAGUGGAGCCCCUGGAGCGUCCCACAGACAGGAUACACCACACUGGCACCCCAUGAGUGGCGUCCAGGCAGUGAGGGCUACAUCCUCAGCAGUAGAAGGAACAUCGCCAUGCGGAGUGACUCGUCCCCCUCUAAAGCUGGGGUUCUCUACUCCAACGCUCCAACGUACUUCUGUGGACAGACGCUCACCUUCAAGAUCUCUGCGACGGGCCAGGUGGACAAGCGGGACAGUAUCGGGGUGUGUGUGGGGUGUGAGGGAGAGGCGGAGUCUCUCCAGAGGGACCAGGCUGUCUGCAUCUCCACCAACGGAAUGGUGUUUGUCAACGGUAAAGAGAUGACCAACCAGCUGCCUUCUAUCACCCUUGGCUCUGCCGUGACCUUUGAUAUGGAAGUGGUCAACCUACUACCUAUUAGCAACAACAACAACCUUAGCGACGGAGGCAACUUCAAGCUGAGGGUUACGAUUGGCUCAGGGAACCGGGAAGUGGUGUUUGAUUGGCUGCUGGACCAGGGGGUGGAUUGCCUGUUCUUUGGCUGCUCCUUAGCCCACCCUGGUUGGAAGGUGCUGGUGUUUUGAGGCUGCUGAUUGGACAGCAGCCCUGUCAGUCAACACAAAGGGACAAGCAGAGUAACAGUCCUGUCUGCUGGAGUUGUCCUGUCCCAAAUCAACCCCUAGACCCAACCCCUUAGACCAGUGGUAUUCAAACUUUUUUUAGCAGGGACCCUAUUUGUUUGUGUGCAUUUUCUCAUGAACCCACCCCAAAAAUAAUGACAACCUUAAAUUAGUACAUUUUACAUCAACAAAUAAUCCUUAAUUCGUUACAUUUACAAGACACCAAAAUAAAUGUACUCAAUUGUAUUUUUCAAAUACGUUUGUAUAAUCUGUACUCGUACUUUUUGUUUAGUGGGGUCGCGAUCAUCGCCUUUGAAUACCACUGCCUUAGACACUUAGUCUCUACCCCCUAUAGCAACCUUUCAGUAUUGGGGUAUUUCUAAAAUGUGAAUUCAACUGCUGUUUACAGUAAUGUACCCCUCCUUUACCCACUGUGUGACCCAUCUGUUCCUUUCACCCUGGGAAAGGUUUCAUCUGGCCUUCUGCAGCUAUCUGUGCUUCCUCCAGGUAUGACUGGUGAUGGCUGUCUUCUCCGGUAUCAGAACAUCUCAGCUCCAGUAGCACACCUUUCUCCUCUUGGCACCUGGAUCGACAAUGUAUGCAAAGCCCUUUCUGACCUGGCUGAUAAGAUAUCCUGCCAUCUGAUACAGACUCGUGUACCAGAACUGACCAAUCAUUCUUCCUUUUCAAGAGACACUCAGGCUGUGCAUGAAAUGGCACCCUAUUCCCUACAUAGUGCUAUGGGCCUUGGUCAAAAGUAGUGCACUAUAUAGGGUGCCAUAUUUCAGAUGCACAUUCUCUCCAAACGUCCUAAAAUGGUGGUGUUUACUUUUGAAUGUGAGAACAAUAAGGGAGUGGUCUCGUUCAGAGAUCUUAGAAGUGAUCAGAGAGAGACGUUACCUUUCAUCAAACACAUGAGCUGCAAAGCAUGCUGGUGUGGUUUACCACAGAAUAAGACACCACCACUGUGAAAAACGAUUCACUCCAGAGAUCGUAACCUCUUCUUUUGUCGGUCUCUCCUUCCCUGUCGACCCGUUUAAUUCUCUAGCUCAGUGAGCAGAACUCGUGGUGUGGACGAAGUGUUCUGAAUCAGAUUCCAUUUCAUGCUCUUAAUGUGCUUUUUUUUUUUUUUUGCUAACAGUUUUCACAACCAUGUAAUGUAACUUCACUUGUAGACAUUGAUGAAUUUUGGGGGGAACUUGUUCUACUUGUGAGAGGUGAUUUAAAUUUUAAAACGGUAUCCUAUUUCCUCUAGAGCAAUAUAGGGACGAGUGGGUUGCUUCCUGUGGUUCUGCAGAGAUGGAAUGGUUGCUGUGGUUACAGAGCGCUCUUCAGCAGACUGAGUUAGAUGGUUCAAAUUUUAAAUUAACCUUUAUUUAACUAGGCAAGUCAGGUAAAAACAAAAUGUUAUUUACAAUGACGGCCUCCCCCCUAACCCGGACGACGCUGGGACAAACCCUAUGG